CGGAAAGUGAAACCUACUGGUCCUAUGAGGACUCGACCUAUCGACCGGAAACUGAACCGGUUGAGACCCCUUAUGAAGGGGAUGAUGACGAUGUAAGUGAUGAGGAGGAAAAUGGCUCCUUAGCACGGAUCGAAACACUACUCCAACAAUACCACCGGGAGCGUGAAGAGAGGAGGCAACGCCGAAGACGCCGAGCGGGGCAGCCUUCGGGCAUGGCUUCAAGAGGAGGAAGUCAUGGUACAUCUAGAGUCCAUGUGGAACCACAUGGAGGCCAAAAUGAUGGAGGUCAAACCAUAAGGAUCUCCAAAUUUAUCAAGGAAGCAAGAGAUUUGGGGUGCAAACCCUUUGAUGGAGCAGGGGACAUUUCAGUUGCAGCACAAUGGAUCAAGAGACUAAAUGAAGCAGCCCUUGACAUGCAAAUCGCGCCGAAUCUCAAACUGAGAAUUGCGGUAAGAUUGCUCGAGGGGAUGGCAUCCAAGUGGUGGGAUGGAACCAAGAGCAAGUACGGUGAGACCGUCGUUUGGGAAGACUUCCAACGGGAGUUCUUUGCCCAAUAUUAUUCUGAUUUUGAAGUGAACAAGAAGGUGAGGGAAUACACCCUCCUAACCCAAGGGGGUAACAUGACAGUGAAGGAACUUGAGUACAAGUUCCGGGAUCUCGCCGACUACAUACCGGAGUAUGCUUGCGAUGAGAACCGAAUGGUAAACCACUUUUGGGAUGCUCUUGACUUGGAGAUACGUGAUAGGGCAACACAAUUGCCUAAUAUGACUUUCGCCCAAGUGGUUGACCAAGCGUUGAAGGGGGAGAAACAGUGGGAGGAGAGGAAGAAGAGAGACGCCGAGGAGGCGAAAAAGAGAAAGUGGGAGAGUCAUGGCUCCCAAGGUUCCAACAAAAAGGGGAACCAUGGAGGAGGGUCUUUCCGGGCACCGCCGCCACCGUCUAGGGGGAACCAAGGCCCGAGUGGGCAAGGCGUGAGGUCACAAACCUCAGUGGUAACUCGUUGCAACAAUUGCAAGAAGCACCACUCCGGUAAAUGUCGCGACCCCCCUAGAUGUUUUCAAUGUGGGGAUGCCGGACAUUUGAAGGCGCAUUGCCCACAACUGGGCGGGGCAAGGACAUCGGGACCAAGUAGUGGCCCGACGGGUACACGGAAUCAGACCGGGGCUUCUCAAGCAAGCAGGGGACAAGGGGGAGCAAGCGCGAGCAAUGCGCCAUCCGUGAAUCAAGGAAGGACUCAAGCUAGAGUCUAUGCGAUGACGGAGGCGGAUGCUCGAGCGAACCCAGAUUCCGUUGCAGGUAAUUAUCUCAUUAAAGUGGGGUAUUUUAGCCUUAUUUAAGGUGUAUUUGAUUUUGGAGUAAGGCCCGGCCACCGUAGGAGCAAAACCGGGCAUUCCGAGUCACGAAAACGAAGUAAUGUCGAGGUACUCGCCC